GCCCUGACGUCACACGCCCGCGCCGCCGCCCGGCCACCCGCGCUGCGCGGGUGCGGCGGUGUCGGUCACCGGGGGGUCGGUGCGGGGCGGUACCGCACCGGGCUGGCGGUUCUGUGAAAGAUGACCACGCUCACACGGCAGGACCUUAACUUUGGGCAAGUUGUUGCAGAUGUUCUUUCAGAAUUUCUGGAAGUGGCUGUUCACCUUAUAUUAUAUGUCAGAGAAGUUUACCCUAUUGGGAUCUUUCAGAAGAGGAAAAAAUACAAUGUACCUGUCCAGAUGUCCUGCCACCCGGAGCUGAAUCAGUACAUCCAGGACACGCUACACUGCGUAAAGCCGCUGCUCGAGAAGAAUGAUGUGGAGAAAGUUGUAGUUGUAAUCCUGGAUAAAGAGCACCACCCUGUGGAGCGAUUUGUCUUUGAGAUCACCCAGCCACCUCUUCUCUCCAUUAGUUCGGAGUCCCUGCUGUCCCACGUGGAGCAGUUACUGCGUGCCUUCAUCCUGAAGAUCAGUGUGUGCGAUGCUGUGCUUGACAACAAUCCCCCAGGUUGCACCUUCACAGUUCUGGUUCACACACGGGAGGCUGCCACACGGAACAUGGAAAAGAUCCAGGUGAUAAAGGAUUUCCCGUGGAUCCUCGCCGAUGAGCAAGAUGUGCACAUGCAUGACCCCCGGCUUAUUCCCCUGAAAACUAUGACAUCAGAUAUCUUAAAGAUGCAGCUAUAUGUAGAAGAGCGAGCCCACAAAGGCACCUGAUUUCAAAUCUUCCUUGCCUUCAAGCCUCAUCUGAUCUUCCAGUGGAAUAAGAUAUCUCACAAGCUGUACCUUGAUAACCGUCUCUUCAGCUGGCCUUCUGGGUGAAUGUAGAGCAGCUGCUGCCUCUUUAUUUCAAGUGCUCUUACCACUGUAUAUAGAACUGACUUGGAAUGUGGAGCCAGAGCCUGUUCCCAUGUACGCUCACGUGUGAGAGUGAGUAUGGGCUUUGUUACAGUGAAUCCCUGGGGGCAGGGGCAGGAUAUAGCCAGCUGCAGAGUGCAGUCAGCGCUUUGUACAAAUCCAGUUCUCGCCUUAACAGGGCAUCGCCAUUGCACAGUGGUAGUGAUACGCAGUGAUACGCUAUAGGCUCCACGAGAGCAAUGGACUCGUAAUAAGGGUGAGUGAGGCCUUAUGUAGUGUCUGUCCACUGUGACUGUCCCAAGUAGUCUUCAAUAAAUACUAAGUUUUACCCCAGUUGAACUAGGCUGAGUUCUGUCCAAACCAGCCUCCCCCCACCAAGUGAGGAAGUAUUUGUGUGGAGCUUCCACCACCUUUCCACACCUUUUCUGGUACAUAUGUGGGAUCUAUCAAUUCCUAUACAGCCUUGGUGUCCCGCCCUUUCCACAGGAGAGCUUUCACCCAUGAGCAAGGUUAAUCCUACACCUGACAAAGGAGAUGGAAGGCCUCAGUAUUGGCUCUUUGCAUACAGGGGUAGAAGACAUGGUUUGCGGUAUUGAGCUGAGCUUGUAGGUCAGACAAUUUGAUAAGACAGCCAGUAUAGUGCCUCCCUGCUUCCUCCAAGUAAAAAGUGCAAGAAUACUACAGAUCCAGGUUGUGCAUUGCUUUAACAUUUUAUAUAGGGUUAGACCAUUCAGUACAAACCAAGCACUUUGGUAGUACAAAGAUAAUAUGGAAAAAGCCCAGCACAAUCAAAAGGCACUUCUUGUAAGCUAGCCACCUUACGGGACUCCUGAUCUCCUGCCUCUCUGGCUGUUUAUUCUAACAACCAUGGGCCGUAUUCAGUCAGUGAGGGUAUUUGCCACUUCGAUCAUAUACACUUACAGAAAACAGUAAGCAGUUAAGUACCAGUGACACAGCAUUUAUGAAAAAGGGUUGGUUAAUAGUUUCCUUAUGCUAUGAAAGGUCUGAUGUGAAAGAUACAUGAAAGAUACAUAAUUAAACUAAACCACAGAAAUACCAUACAAAACAUGUCUCUCCAUAGCAGAGCCCUUGAGGACAGCAUUGCUAAUCUGAAAUGAAAAAUUUUAACCUUAUUUUUCAUAAGUUCCAUAAACACAAGAAAUAGUUUCUAUUUAAGACCUAGCGUUUGGCUGUAGCACAAGGACGUAAACUAGAGGAGACGACAUUUCAUUGUCCUAGUCCUCCUGCGCAAGGUCACUAGUAAUUGCAGUGACGUCGAUAGCACAGGAGGAUGAAGGAUGAAGACAGAAGUCCUUCCAAAGGGCUGGGCCUGCACAAGUUCUGCUGUGAACAAGGAGAACUAGCUGCUUGUAUCAGAGAUCAACUGUGCAAGUACAAAGCCAGGACACUCGCCCAGAGAGUACAGACAAAUAAAUGCACCUGAGACCACCUGGUUACAGUCCUGAGGUAAAAAAGCAACUAUAUAUAUUGUGCCUUCAUAACUGUGUCAGGGGCCCAAUGGUGAUGCUGCUGUUUGUCACUCGGAUCCCAUACCAUCCUGCCCAGAACUGGGUGUCUUGGCCUCCGUGCUGAAACCAGAUGUAACGAACUCCAGCUGGGUAAUUCUGGAAGGUGUGAGAAAUCUGGAGAGAAAGAAGAAAGUGUGUCUUAAUUUGCUUAAAUAAAUCAGCACUGACCUAGAAGCUAGGAGAACUAGAGUAUGCAAGUCUUGGACUCAGGAAAAUCUCAUUCUAAGAUGCCUUUUUAAUAAAAGUGCAUCAUGCCCCUUUUUGAGGGAUGGGAAAAAACCCUGUCAUUCAGCCUUCUGCCCUGAAAUCCUCUCCCAGUCAAACUUAAGGUUAAGCUUAGAGUCAUGUAGGCAACAGUGUAACAGGUAAUCUACAGUCAAACCAGUUAAACGAGUUUAAGUAAUGUCUGCAAUCCUUUAAAUUACAUCCAUGCAGUAGUUUUAAACAAAGUUUUUUUGAUCAAUAAAAACAAGAACUGUG